AGGCGUACCUAAUAAAGUGAUCAGCUGUGGUUUGUCCCAGCCCUGUCCAUGACGUUCCAAAGGCAACUCUUUCCUCUCUCUUUCCUUCACACAGAGUCCCUGAGAUAAAGCAUGUGACUGUUAAACUGUACGGUAUCCAAUCGCAGCUUUUCUUUUCAAACAGCUUUCUAGAGGGUAAAGGUCAAAGUAUCUGAGUUACAAUCUAGCUUGAGUGUGCCAUGCAAACAGGACGUGAUAUAUCAAAAGGACGGGAGUAAGGGUGUAGAGAAUAUUCCUUCAAUUUAAAGUAAGUAAAUUUAAUUCUGUUGAGCAUUUCUUUAAAGGAAAGAGGAGAAAAUACAUUAUACAUAAUAAAUAAUAAUGCAGAUAUGAAAACAUGACACUUGGAGAGAAAGUUUCUUUGUCAUUUCUGCAUUUAUGUUUGUAAAAUUUUGGAAAGUUUGUUAUUAAAAUGUGACAUCUUUGUGGUUGCACAAACAAUGGUUUUAAUGUGACUGAAACUUUGAAACAGUAGCUCUCAACUGGUUGCCAUUCAUAGGUUGCAUGGGCAACCCAAAACACACAGUCCCAAAGUCCCAAAGUCGAAACUUAAAACCAAAGGUGAUUGAGCGUUUUCCUUCGGGGCUCCUUGACUUUGGAACGUCUGUGCUGAUAUCCUGUGAUCUCUUGUAUCUCAUGACAUCUGGGUUCCUGAUGCCUUAUGUUUUUGUUGGCUUGUUAUCUUGAUUGUUUUUUUUAACUGUUUGGGUUCUGCUGAUGUUGCUUGUUUGUCUUUUGUUGGGUUUUGUUCUUCUGUUUUCUCUGCACAUGUCAAAGCACUUUGUAAACACUUGUAUUUAAAUGUGCUAUAUAAAUAAAUUAUUAUUAUUGUAAUCAUUUAGAGAAGUGGUCAUCAACUACAUUUGUACAAGGGCCAGUGUUUUCCUAAACAGGCACUUUGGGGGCUGAACUUCCAAAUAAACUGAAGAAUUUUUUUAAUGGUCUAGUUAGUAUAUUUUUCAUUAUGUAUUUUGUAUUUUCUUUCAAAUGUAUGCAAUUUUUAGGCUCCAACAGCGAGAUCAGUCCCUAUAUCGCAGCCAGCCACAAGGGGGCGACUGAGAUAUUUUAGCAAAAGAAGGAAAAUUGCACUCCCAAAACACCUCAAUCCAAAAGUUUCCAUAAUAAGGGCCAGUUUUUUUUUUUUUUAUCAAGAAUGAACUGAUAAAUACGUAUAUAACAUGCAUUAUAUUUGCUAAUUAUGGCUUAUAGGUGGAUUUCUGAAAAAUAAAUUCAACACAAAGUCAUUCGUGAUAACGUUGUUUCAAUCUCAGUUGUUUUUGGAGUCGUUUCAAUAUUUAUAGGGAGUUUAUUUUAAAGAAAAAAGAAUGAAAAUAAAUUUAAAAAUUCCCCAACAUUUUUCCUCUAGUGCACAAAUUUUGAAUUUGAUUACGUUCUGGGGCCUGAUGGGAAGGCAUGGGGACCUGAUGAAGCCACUGGGCCGCCAGUUGAUGAUCACUGAUUUAAAGCCUGAUGCUAUGUAGGAGCAGUGCAUCAAAUAACAUUGUCAUCAGCAUAUGAAUUAAAUUUGUGACAGAAACUUUAUUACCAAAAAAAGUGGUUCUAAGACUGAGUUUACUUCAAAAGAGAUCCUAUUUUCUGACUUUAAGAAUCUUGGUAACUGUAAAUUUUUUUUUCAGGUCUAAACAAAAUUAGAACUUUAGAAGAGAUGUCCUCUCAGGUGAGACUGAGUCUGCUGCCGAGCUCCAGGUGUUUGUUUGAUGAGCCUGUCCAGGUGAAGGUGGCUGGGCUGAAGUCCAGAGAGGUGGUCACCAUGAGAGCCAAAACCACCGAUGAGAGGGGGAUGGUCUUCAGCUCAUCAGCGACCUAUAGCGCAGAUGAAAAUGGAGAGAUUGACUUGAGCAAAGACCCCUCACUCAGCGGGAGCUACACUGGAGUCGAGCCAAUGGGUCUGCUGUGGUCUAUGACACCUGAGACUUUGCACAAAAGGUUCAUAAAAACAAAUGCACUAAACCCUCAUGUGGUGAAGUUCUCUGUUCAUGAGGAUGAGGAGGGCAGGAUGUUAGCAGAGGAGACCAAUGAGAGACUGCUGAUUGGAGAUGGAGUCAGCAGGAUCCCUGUGAAAGAGGGGGACAUACGUGGAGUUCUUUUUAUCCCCCCAGGUGAAGGCUCUUUCCCUGCUGUUUUGGAUCUGUACACUUUUGGUGGAGGUCUGUCAGAGAAAAGAGCCGCUCUGCUCGCCAGUCGAGGAUUUGUUGUCCUGACUGUAGCGCUGUAUGGCCAUGACGACAUGCCAAGAAAAAUCACUGAGGUCCAUUUGGAUUAUUUUGAAGAAGCAAUAGCGUUUUUAAAAAAGCAGGAUAAGGUUGGCAGUAAAGGAGUGGGUGUGAUAUCACUUUCAAAAAGUGGAGAUCUUGCACUUUCAGCUGCUUCUUACCUGCCAGGUGUUGAGGCCACGGUGUGGAUCAAUGGCUGCUCUGCCAACACAGCUCUGCCCCUCUACUACAAGAAGAGCCAGAUUCUUCCUGCAUUAAUGUUCGAUGUUACAAAGAUCAUUCACCUGGAGUCAGGAGCUUGUAACACCAAGUAUGCUACUCUUGAUCCCCUCCUAGAGCAGAACAAGGCCACCCUGGUCCCAAUCGAAAAAGCUAAGGGACGCUUUCUCUUUGUGGCUGCAGAGGAUGACCUGAACUGGGACAGUAAGAUGUACAUGGACAUGAUGGUGGAGAGACUGAAGCUUCAUGGGAGGGAUAAUUUUGAGAGUGUGUGUUACGCUGGAGCAGGGCAUUACCUGGAGCCGCCUUACGGGCCAUACUGCCCCUCAAGUUUUCAUGGGCUUGUGGGUAAACCAGUCCUGUGGGGGGGUGAGCCCAAGUCCCACGCAGCAGCUGAGGUCCACCUGUGGAUGAAGAUCCAGAAGUUUUUCAAAGCCAAUCUGUGAUGUGAAGUGACAAAUUCUGAAGCCAAAUUAUAGAUAAAAAUACUGUUAUAGUAGAGAAAAGAGCAGAUUUAAAUCAGUUUCAUUUUAAAACAGAUUCCCAACCUUUUUU